UUUCAUUCAUUAACUUAUUCAUCAUAGCAGACAAGACAACACAGCGAAGCACUGUCGCCAUGGAAGCUCAGACUCAGAUCCCCGACGACAGGAUCGAAGUUCUCCGGCAAUUCGACGAAACCAAAGCCGGCGUCAAAGGCCUGUCCGAUUCCGGCAUCCUCAAACUUCCCCGGAUCUUCGUCAGGCCGCCGGAGGACCUCUCUAAAGACCUCUCCUGCAACAUUAAUAAUACCCCCAUCCAGGUCCCCGUCAUCGACAUGGCCGAUUUCCAGGCCGACACGUGGCGGCGCCGGCGAAUAGUCGAGCAGGUGAGGGCUGCGUCGGAAACGUGGGGAUUCUUCCAGGUGGUGAAUCACGGAAUUCCUCAGAGCGUGCUGGAUGACGUCAUCAAUGGCGUCCGUGAGUUCCACGAGCAGGACUUGGAGAAGAAGAAGUUGUUUUACACGCGCGAUACGAGUAAGGCAUUGAGAUUAUGCUGUAACCAUGAUCUGUUUAAGGCGGCGACUGCCGGGUGGAGAGAUACACUGAGUGUAUCUUUUCCGGCCUUCGAUCCCGACCUCCACCGCCAUGAAUUGCCUCCUUCCUUCAGCAAAUCAAUCGUGGAAUACUCUAAACAUGUCGAAACUCUUGGAAAUAUCCUAUUUGGAUUAUUGUCGGAGGCUCUUGGGCUCGAAACAGGAUACCUAGAAAAAAUGGAAUGCUCUAAAGGGCAUCGCCUCCAUGGCCACUACUAUCCAGCAUGCCCCGAGCCUCACCUAGCGAUCGGGACAACCCAACAUUCGGACGCCGGAUUCCUCACAAUCCUCUUACAAAACCAAAUCACUAGUGCCCUCCAGGUUUUGUACAAAGGCCAAUGGAUCGACAUUCAGCCCACUCCCGGCGGCCUAGUCAUAAACAUUGGCGAUCUCCUUCAGUUGGUAUCCAACGGAAAAUUUAAGAGCAACCAACAUAGGGCGAUUGCGAAAGGCAUCGGGCCAAGAAUUUCGAUUGCGUGUUUCUUCUCUGGGCCAUUGAUGAAUGUUGAGAAGAUUUACGGACCGAUUGAAGAGCUAAUAAGUGAUGAGAAUCCAGCAGUGUAUAAAGAGUUGGUUUUGGGUGAAUAUGUUAAGAGAUUCAUCACCACUAGUUUAGAAACUUUUCGUGCUCUUGAUUGUUAUAAAUUGUAAUAAAUGUAUGAUCUUAAGCACCAAUGUAUUGUAAUUCAUGUAUGUAAUGCAUUUAUGUAAAAAAAAUAAAAGCGACAAUAAAAAAUCCCAUUGAUUGUUGUUAGAAA